AUGGCUUCUUCAACCGACCGGAUCCUCACCGAGGCACGGAUCAAAUCCCUCCUUGUGCGUGAGCGCUAUUACAGGGAUACUUGUCAGUGGAAAAAUCUACGGGAUUCCUACCACCCCGAUGCUUCGAAAACACGUAUCGACAUCACUUGGUUCCAGGGAGACAUCGAUGGAUUCGUCGCCGGAUCCGAAGGCAUGGUCAGUGGUGGUACAAAUGCCAUUCAUACAAUAUGCCCCGUGGAGAUCCAUCUCAACGGCAAAAAGGCUCUCACCGAAUCAACAGGCUCAAUUUCAAUCCGCCUUCAACAUGGCGGGGAGCUUUUUGAGUGCAUAUCUUACAAUCGAUUUAUCUCCCGGCUCGAAUUUGUCGGGGAGGAAUGGAAGCUACUGUCCUUGGAGGCAAUCUAUAUCCGCGACUUCAUUACCCCUGUAAUCCCGGGAAGAACAGCCAGCUUCGACCUCCCCGAAAAUACCAGGGAAAGCUACAAAUGUAUAUCUUGGGUUCUGGCGCAAAAGGGAUUUACUAUCAAGCAGGAUCUGCCCGGAGCCGAUGACCCCACUUGCUGUGAACGAUUCAUGCAGGCCAAUUUCAUGUGGUUAAGUAAAUAA